AUGAAGCGCGAGGGAGCAACCAAAUCGACAGAUGUCGUGGAGGAGAAUACAAGCAAAAAGGUGGAAGUGGAGAAGGUGGAGGACACAGAAAAGGAGGUUGAAUACGAUGUGUCUAAGAUGACCGAUGAGGAGCUUCGUGCGAAGGUACCUCCCGAAAAGUGGGGAAGACCGGUGCGCCUUUAUGCAGAUGGUAUUUUUGACCUUUUCCACUAUGGUCAUGCAAGAGCGCUUGAACAAGCCAAGAAAUCCUUCCCCAACACGUAUCUCAUUGUUGGUUGCUGCAACGACGAGUUGACUCACAAAAUGAAGGGAAUGACCGUCAUGACGGAGAAGGAGCGCUAUGAAUCCCUCCGCCACUGCAAGUGGGUGGACGAGGUCGUGCGCGACGCUCCGUGGGUAGUGACUAAAGAAUUUUUGGACGAGCAUCGCAUCGACUUUGUCUGCCACGACGACAUUCCGUACGCUUCUGCUGGCCACGACGACGUAUACAAGGAGAUAAAGGAGAUGGGCCGGUUCCACGCGACCCAGCGCACGGAGGGCGUAUCGACGACGGAGCUGAUCAACCGAAUCAUCGCAAACUACGAGAAAUACAUCAAGCGAAAUCUGGAGCGCGGCGUGCCUGCGAAGGAGAUGAACGUGGGGUUCGUGAAGGAGCAAUCGAUCAAGUUUGAUAUUCUGAUGGACAAAUGGAUGGAGAAGGCGAAGAGCAUGCGGCCUGGUUUCCUGCACAUUUUCGAUAAGGACACGAUCCUGAAGAAGAUGAAGGACGGAACGGACAGUUUGAAAGACACGGUGGCUGGUUUUGCGCGCCAGACGUUCCUCUAAAGUUGAGUUGAUGUCGAUUUGAUUAUUUGAUUAUUUGAUUAUUUGAUUGUU